AUGGCCGGUGACCGGCCACUGGCAAUGGUUUCCCUCAGUGGAUCUGACAAGGGCGCAACCUUCGCCCAGGCUGCGACGUUCGAGCCCUUGCCAGAGGCCACAAGGGCUGCCUCGUCGGAUAUGGCGAUGGCAGCCCACACCCAAUCCGCGAGGGUCAAGCCCUUGCCAGCGAUGCCCUUGCCGGCCCUUGCUUAUGCACCCGAACCUUCAGUGGCUGAGCCUAAUCUGGAGCCGGAAGAGUCACAAGCAGGGUUCGACCAGAUGGAUGUGGAUUUAGGUACAGUGCCAAAGGAGGAACCCGAAGAAGAAGAGCUCGAAGAGGAACCUGAGAAGGAACCAGAAGAAGAGCCAGAGGAAGAACCAGAUGAGGAGUCUGGAGAAGAGGAACGAAUUGAGUUUCCGUUAGAGUCGGGGGAUGAUGACAACCCGAUUGAGAUCGAGUGCUUUAUCUCUGGUUGUGUGGGGUCGGCGACAUCUUGGGACGUCGCGAUAUUCGACCAUAGAGGUGCAUCUGGACCUGAGGAUGGUCUGGACGAGUUCGGUCUUGUUCGAGGCUUUGAUGUCCCUUUUGAUGGAGUAGGAGACUGGGAUCCGUCAGCUAUACCCCCUCCUGAUAGUAAGAUGACUAGCCAUGAGACUAGUCUCGCACAGUCAGGACAUCAACCUGCACCUGCAGCACCCGAACCUUCAGUGGCUGAGCCUGAUCUAGAGCCGGAAGAGUCACAAGCAGGGUUCGACCUGAUGGAUAUAGAUUUAGGUGCAAUGCUAGAGGAGGAACUCGAAGAAGAAGAGCCCGAAGAGGAGCCUGAGAAGGAAUCAGAAGAAGAGCCAGAGGAAGAACUAUAUGAGGAGUCAGAAGAAGAUGAACGAAUUGAGGUUCCGUUAGAGACGGGGGAUGAAGACAACCGGAUUGAGAUCGAGGCUGAUUCGGAGUCUUCAGAGGAUCGGGUGGCUUAG